CUUUGAAACAAGAUGGCAGCGCCCAUGAAAAAUAUUUCAGUUAAUUUUUCACCAAUUUUUCUGGAAAUUCCUCCCUUUAUAUUCUUCAAUACACCUUGAUCAAAUGAUAUAUUGGUUCAUCUGAAAUUAAGAAAAAUGGAAGAAAAUCCUUUCAGCGAUUUAAAGAUCUCGUCAACUGAAGUGUUAAGUAACAUCGAAGGACGAGCAAAGUGUCCUAAAUGCAACAAGUCCAUGAAAUAUUAUUGUUACAUUUGUGGCAUCAGGGUUUGGGGUGAUGAGGCUGGUAUACCAAGUAUAAAGCUCCCAGUCAAAGUUGACAUCAUCAGGCAUAAAAUAGAAGAAACAGGACGCAACACGGCCGUCCAUGCAUGCAUUCUGGCUCCGGAUGACGUCACCAUGUACACCUGGCCCGACUUUCCAGACUAUGAGGACAAAUCAAAGGUCAUAGUGGUAUUCCCUGGUGAGAAUUCAGUGACGCUAUCAGAGUUGGCCAAAAGUGUUGUGGAUCAAGGAUACACAAUCCCACCCGAGAUUACGACAGAUGAUGGCGAGAAAACCGAACAGGGGACAACUGAUGCUGCUGAGGGUGAUGACGAUGGAAAAGUCAAGAAACAAUUAAAAACUGAAGAAGUUUCAGCAGCUGAUGGCACAACUAUGGCCACAGAGAGUAUCAGUAAUGAAAAAAACAAGAAAUUCGAAAUUCAGAAACUUGAGCUUCAGUCGGAUCCAUCUGGCUCUGGGAAAGUUUCUAAAGAUGUGAAUACUUCUGUGAACACUAGCACUGCUUUUCCUGCACUUGAUUCUCUGUCAUCUAUAAGUGCUAAAUCGGCAGAACAAACAGCGCCAUCUGAUGGGUCAGGAAUACACUGUGAUGUCACUGUGAAUAAGAAGCACGACUUGUCACCCGAACGCGCGGAGUCGAAGCCGAAGGUUAUGAAAAUGGACCGUCCAGCUCCACCGUUUAAUCGGGUGAUAUUUGCAGAUGCGACAUGGCAUUAUGUGAAUCGUAUCGGGAAGGAUGAAAGAUUACAAGGUAUGAAACAAGUAAUUCUGAAGUCAGAAAUGACGAAAUUCUGGCGGUACCAGACUGGAAAACCGGACACCUAUUUAUCAACAAUCGAAGCCAUUUACUACUUUUUCCGAGAAUUCCACGACUUGUUUACCGAUGAGGAGUACGAUGGACGUUAUGAUGAUCUUUUGUUUUUGUUCGUAACGACGUACCAGAGAAUUCGAAAAGAGACGGGCGGGGGAGGGAUUUUGAAAGCAUUUAAACCAAAGAAAGAUGGUGAUUCGAAUAAGAAGAAUAAAAGUUUCAGGUGUGGGUCGAAAAGUGCAAGUUAAAGUGAACUUGUCCUAGCAUUUUAGUUGUGACGUCUUCAAAAUUGAUUUAGGAGGAACGAAUAUUACAGACACAGACCGCAGAAUCUCUUUCUUAGUCCUUGUGCAACACACUUUAUAAGGGGGUCACGUAUUCGGCUCAAGUAAGACUUAUUACUGUAAACCCAGAAAUGUUCGCCUGUGUUUUAUUUUGUGUUUUCAGUUAAUCGAGAAAAUAUGGCUGUGAAAAUAACAAUUUGGUUGUUCACAGUAAUAAAUUUUCAUAAAUUUAUUGGAGUCGUCAACUAAGCUACAAGUAUUGAUAAAUUAAAACAUGUUUUUGGAAAAAA